AUGUCUACAUUUGGAGAUUUCUUCAAGGUCACGACCUACGGUGAGUCGCAUUGUCGCUCAGUAGGAUGCAUUGUAGACGGUGUACCUCCGGGAAUGGAGCUCACAGAGGAGGACAUCCAACCUCAAAUGACAAGAAGAAGGCCUGGUCAGAGUGCUCUUACAACACCUCGCAAUGAGAUGGACACGGUCGAAAUCCAAUCGGGAACCGAAUUUGGUAUUACACUGGGGACACCAAUUGCGAUGGUCGUUCGAAACAAGGAUCAGAGACCAAAAGAUUAUGGAAACUCGACAAUGGAUAUGUACCCACGGCCCAGCCAUGCGGAUUGGACAUACUUGGAGAAAUACGGUGUCAAAGCCAGUAGUGGUGGUGGGAGAAGUAGUGCCAGAGAGACAAUUGGAAGGGUAGCUGCAAGUGCAAUUGCUGAGAAAUACCUGAAGCUUUCACACGGAAUUGAGAUUGUAGCUUGGACUUCUUCAGUUGGAGGGAUUCAUAUGUUCCCACCAACGGCGACACACCCAACACCAUCGACGAACCCAGCAUUCCUCUCCCUGAUCGACACAAUUACAAGAGAAAAGGUGGACGAGUUUGUCCCAGUCAGAUGCCCUGAUCAAGCAGCGUCAGAUCGUAUGGCGGAGGAGAUUGCUGCGUUCAGAGAUAAAAGUGACAGCAUCGGUGGAACAGUUACUUGUGUUAUUCGAAAUGUACCGAGUGGUUUAGGGGAGCCUUGCUUCGACAAGAUUGAGGCCAUGCUUGCACACGCCAUGCUCAGCAUCCCAGCAUCGAAAGGAUUCGAAAUUGGAUCUGGGUUUGGUGGAUGUGAAGUUCCUGGUUCAAUCCAUAAUGAUCCUUUUAUUCUCGCACCCGAAGUACCACCUCUCGAAACUGGAGCGACAAGAAACGGCAUCCCACGACCAAGACUUACCACCAAAACUAACAACUCCGGGGGCAUUCAAGGAGGCAUCACCAAUGGUGCUCAUAUCUACUUCAAAGUUGGUUUCAAGCCUCCUGCAACUAUCGGCCAGGCUCAAAACACCGCUACAUACGACGGAGAUGCAAGCGGCACUUUAGAGGCGAAAGGACGCCACGACCCAUGUGUCGUCCCAAGAGCUGUGCCAAUUGUGGAGGCUAUGGCUGCGUUAGUUGUGGUAGAUGCUUUGAUGGCUCAGCAGUCGAGACAAGUCUCAAGGUCCAUGCUACCGCCGUUGAAGACGAAUAAGCCUGAAAUUAAAGCAAUGGUAGAGGAUGGACCAUAG